GACUCGAAGUAACUCGCUCGGCUUUGUUCUCCCUAUCUCACAAUCUACCCCCUCUCUUUCUCCGUGUGUGUUUUCGGAUGCCAGACAUCUUGGGGUGACGGCGAGCUGUGGAACAGAGGGGAGGGGUGCUGCCAAAGUGUGAAGUGUGUGUGACAGCAUUCCUCUUCCUCUGAGUGUGUGCAGGAGGUGAAGAAGACAAACAGAGAAGCUCCAACAACUUGGAGGUUCCACUGACACCGGACCGAAAAAGAGCACACGUGCUGCAACCGACUGAAUGGAAGACGCCUCGGCCUUCCUCCUCCAUCGGCCCGCUUUGCUCCAGAACACGACUUCCAAAAGCCUCCAGGAGGAGCCUCCUCAUCCGACAUGGCUGCCCUCAGCGCUUCAGUACAGCUGCUGCUCCUGUUGGCGGCAACCGCGUCCUUCUGCGGCGGGAGUCUGGUGGCGGUGAACUCGGGCGUGGAGGUCGCUAGGGGUCGGUCGGUGCUCGUCACGGAGAGGGAGCUGAAGAUCGCCACGGGCCCCACAGUGGACUGUAAGGUGGAGGUGGUGAUGAACGAGCCGGUCACUCAGAGGGUGGGGAAGCUGACCCCGCAGGUGUUCGACUGCAGCUUCUUGGAGGGCGAGGUGAAAUACGUCCAUGAUGGAAGUCCUCUGCUGGACGAGGACACAGUGAUGCUGAGGGUGUACAGGUUUGCGGCCUCGGACACGCUGGUGGAGACGGUGGUCCUGUCGGUGAGGGUGGUGGACUCGGGGUCCGGCGUGGUGGAGCUGGGCAGCGCUCCGCUCGUGGUCCCUCUGUUCUACGGUUUAUCCAACGCCAUCGACAGCUCCGUCUUGAACAUCCGCUCGGCGGCAGACGUGGCCUGCGUCGUCAGGCUGAUGACCGUCGACACCAGCGUCCCGGCUCUGGGUCGGCUGGUCACGGAGGAAGAUUCCACUCAGAGGAAGGGCAGAGAGACGGCGGCGCUCUGUCCUGGGAACAAACCCUGUCGUCACGACACCAAAGAGGUUAGUUUCCUCAAAAUCAGCUGCCAGGACUUCCUGAGCUCCGGUCUGAAAUACCAGCACCUCCGCCCUCCGUCACCGGAGAUCGACUACAUCCCCAUCCGGGUGGAGCUGAGGCUGCAGGGCACCAGGGCUCUGAUGGAGGCACAGUCGGUGUGGCUGCCGGUUCUGAUCCACGGUGCAAUGCAGAACCAGCCCCCUCAUGCCGCCUUCAUGGCCUCCUUCAUCUUGGAGGUGGACCAGUUCAUCCUCACCCCGCUCACCACGGCCUCCCUGGAUGCCAAAGACCACGAGACGCCGCAGGAGAGGCUGGUCUUCAAUGUGUCCGCCCCGCCCCUCGAGGGCUACAUCACCCACCUGACCGACCACACAAAGCCCGUCACGUCCUUCACAUGGCUGGACCUCCACGAGAUGAAGGUGGCCUACCAGCCGCCCAACAGCAGCCAGUCGCACCGCAGGAACUAUGAGGUGGAGUUCCAGGCUAUAGAUAGUUCCUACAUGACCAGCCCACCCAUUGUGGUACACAUCUCCAUCAGGGUGACGGAAACAAACGCCCCCAGAGUCUCCUGGAACAUGGGUUUGGAUCUGCUUGAGGGUCAGUCUCGACCAAUCACGUGGGAGGAGCUGCAGAUAGUGGACAACGACAACAUCGAUGCAGUCUAUCUGGUGGCCGUGGACGGGCCUCUCCAUGGACGCCUCAGUGUCAGAGGCGGGAAGGCGUUCAUGUUCCGCGUGCGGGACCUGCGAGAGGCCGCGGUGGUCUACCACCACUCCGACAGCGACAGCACGCGCGACCACGUCGUCUUCCGCAUCAGCGACGGCCGCCACAGCGUCCGCCACAGGUUCCCCAUCAACGUGCUGCCCAAGGACGACUCGCCGCCGUUCCUCAUCAACAACGUGGCGGUGGAGGUGCGCGAGGGUGGCGCCGUGCGGCUGGAGGAGUACACGCUGCUGGCCUCCGACCUGGACUCCAGCGACGACCACAUCCUCUACCGGGUGGGUUCCGGGCCCCGGGCCGGUCGGCUGGUGCGGAAGACCUCCCCCCGCGAGACAGGAGAUCCCGUGGACCGUUUCCUCCAGAGAGAUCUGAUCCAGGGUCAGAUCUACUACCAGCACUCGGGAGAGGAGAUGUUUGAGGACAGCUUUGACUUCACGCUGUCUGACAGCCACCAGCCGCCCAACCUCUCCCAGACAUACACGGUGGUGGUCCACGUUUUCCCGGUGAAGGACCAGCUGCCAGCGGAGGUCUCCGACAGCGUGCGCUCUCUGACCGUGAAGGAGACGGAGGUGGUUCACAUCACUCGGGCUCACCUCCACUUUACUGACCGAGAGCAUCCAGACACGGACCUGACCUACGUCAUCACGCAGCCCUGCUUCAGCCCACUGCACCCUGGGCUCAUGGAUGCAGGCCGUCUGUUCUACACAGACAGCGCCAACAGCAUGAAGAGAGACCACAUGGUGCCGGUGUUAAAGUCCUUCACACAGCAUGCAGUGCACCACCUGAAAGUGGCCUUCAUGCCUCCAGUGGAGGACAUCGGGCCGGAGCCGCUGUUUGUGCAGUUCGUCUUCUCCGUCAGCGACCACCACGGAGGAGCCGUCUCCGGCCUUCUCUUCAACAUCACCGUCACUCCGGUGGACGACCAGGCGCCAGAGGCCUUUACCAACCCGCUGCGGGUGGAGGAGGGCGGAGGGGCUUUCGUGACGGAGGAGCACCUGCUGGUUCAGGACCGGGACAGCAGGGAGGAGGCCCUGAGGGUGGAGGUCCGGAGGAUGGCAGGACGCGGCCGGCUGGAGCUGCAGGGCCGAGCGCUGCAGCAGGGAGAUGGCUUCUCCCUGCAGGACCUGAGAGGACUCCGACUCAGGUACCUCCAUGACGACUCUGAGACCACAGAGGAUGAAGUCCAUCUGAAGGUGACGGAUGGUCUGAACUCAGUAGACGUCGUCCUCCCGGUACAGGUCCUGCCAAUGAACGAUGAACCUCCCCAGCUGGGUGGAGGGCUGCGGGGGGAGCUGAGCUGCGAGGAGGCCGGGCGGGUCCAGUUGACGGUGGACUACCUGUCAGCCACAGACCGGGACAGCGACGACUCCAGGCUGACCUACAUGCUGGCCCGGAGUCCAGGACGGGGGGAGCUGCAGAGAGCCGGACAGACCGUGGACAAGUUCUCCCAGCAGGACCUGCUGCAGGGACACAUCUACUACGUGCACACAGGAGGAGAGAUCGGACCAGAGCCGGUACUGGAAACCAUCACCCUCAUCAUCUCUGACGGCGAGGCCGGAGGGACAAAUGGAUGUUGCCAUGGAGACGCCCCUCCACCUCCCGUGCCUCUCCAUGGCACGCUUCCUGUCUACGACCUGAACAUCACCGUUCUCCCUGUCAACAACAAAGUACCCUCCGUUACUCUGGGUGAGUCCAUGUUGGUGGUGAACGAGGGCUCCUCCGUCUGUCUGUGUGGGGGGGUCCUCGGGGCCUCAGACCCUGACAGCCCUGCCGACCGGCUGACCUUUCACCUGGAGACUCCUCCACUGCAUGGCUUCCUGGAGAACACGCUGCCGACGCCCGGCUCUGAGAAGAGCAACGCGGGAGUUCGAGUUGAAUCCUUCAGGCUUGUUCACCUAACUGCAGGUUUCAUUAACUACGUCCAAUCUGAGAGCAAAGGGGUAGAGCCAAAUGUUGACCAGCUCUCCAUCAGUGUGAGUGACGGGCUGCACCACUCCGCCCACGUCCCCUUCUACAUCAUCAUCAAUCCGACCAACGAUGAGACGCCAUCCCUGCUGCUCGCCAACUUCACAGUGAAGGAGGGCGGGGUGAGGGAGCUGACUCCGUCAAUUCUGGACGGUUUUGACCUGGACGCCCCCCCGGACAUCCUGACUUUCACGGUGGUGCAGCCUCCGGCUCACGGCAGCCUCAUCAACGGCAUCUACGGCACCGAGAUGAACCGCUACAAGGAGAUGGGGCCCGACCUCCUGCAGAGGAGCCUCCCCGUCACCUCCUUCACCCUACAGGAGCUCCGACAAGGCAUGAAGAUCGUGUACAUGCACGAUGACACGGAAACCCUGAAGGACGCCGUGUCUCUGCGGCUGACAGAUGGCGUCCACACAGUCCAGGGGACGGCUCGGGUCACCGUGCUGCCGGUCAACGACGAGAAGCCACGGCUGCUCAAGAACGCGGGGCUGGAGGUGGACGCUGGCGAGCGGAGGGUGAUUUCCAGUGUGGCCCUGGAGGCCCAGGACCGGGACACCCCUGCUAAACAGGUGCACUACUGUCUGAACGCCGCGCCACGCUUCGGCAGGCUGCAGCUCAAGACGGAGGCGGGCUGGACCGAGCUGUCAGCCGCACAAAACUUCACUCAGGACGACGUGGAGAUGAACCGCCUGUGGUACGCUCACACUGGAGCCGCCGCGGAUGCCCCCGGGUUCAAAGGUCACGACAGCUUCCGCUUCACCCUCAGUGACCUGGACAACGAGAGUCCCCCGCAAAGUUUCUUCAUCUCCAUCCACACUGUGCGGAAAGGUGACUUAGUGCUGCUGAGCAAGGCAGUGCGUCUGAUGGAGGGGCAGCGCGUCGUCCUCAACACCGACAUCCUGCUGGCGUCGGACUCGGCCGGGCGUCCGCGGGAGCUGGUCUACGCCGUGUCGGUGCCGCCGCGGCACGGCCUCGUCCACGCUGUCCAGCAGCCGGGCGUCCCGCUGACCGCCUUCACGCAGCUGGACGUCGCCGCCCACCGGGUGGCUUACACGCACGACAACAGCCACCACGCAGAGGCUGACUCCUUCAGUUUUGACGUCACCAACGGCGACUCGUCCCGCAGCGGGACCCUUCACUUCACCAUCGAACGGGGCGACCGCAUCCCGCCGACCCUGCACCACAACACGGGCCUCCGGCUGCAGGACGGGGCCACGGAGACCAUCACCUCGGACCACCUGCAGCUCACCGACCCCGACACCGCCCCCGCCAACCUGAGCUACGUCAUUACACAGCUGCCACGCCACGGCCGACUGCUGCUGAGAGGAGUCCUGAUGUCCCCGCCGCUGACGUUCGCCCAGACCGACGUGGACGAGCGGAACCUGGCUUACCGACACGACCCGGGCAGCCCGGCGGACAUUGACAGGUUCUACUUCCUGCCGGCCGACAGGAACAACAGAGGGUACCUCGAGUUUGGACAGCUGAGAAAAGAGCCCGCUGUCUUUAACAUACAGGUGGAUCGCGUGGACAGGUUACCCCCCAGUCUGACCACCAGGCGGAGCCCCAGCACGGUGGUGGAGCUUGCGAGUGGGCGCUACGGCAUCUUCAUCACUUCCAAACACCUGCAGGCCUCCGACCCCGACAGCCCCGUGGAGGAGCUGGAGUUCUCCAUCGCCAGGCCGCCACACUUCGGCUACCUGGAGAACGGCCUCACGGGAGCUUACAUCAAAGGUCGCUUCACCCAGCGGGACGUGGACCAGCGCGCUGUGGUGUUCGUCCUCCCGGCCGACAUGGAGGUGACGGCCGACAGCUUCCUGUUCCGCCUCACCGACCCGGCGGGAAACACCAUGCUGCCCGAAAUACUGGAGCUGUCGUGGUCGCAGGUGGAGCUGUCUGCGACCUGCUACAGAACCUGCGAGACCUCGGGGACUCUUCAGAUCCAGAUCCAACGCAGCGGGAAUAGCGCCGACCCGGCAUACGUCGCCAUCCAGGUGGAGGAGGGCUCGGCCAAACCUGGCAGCGACUUCACUCACAGCACAGCCGGUCUCAUCCAGUUCGACCCAGGAGUCAGUGUGAAAACUUGGAACAUUUACUUGAUGGAUGACGGUCUGGAGGAAAACCACGAGACCUUCACUGUCACCCUGAAAAAACCCCAAAACGCCGUCCUGGGACAGAGGACCUCUGCUAGUGUGGAAAUCAUCGACCCCAGAGGAGGACGGUGCGACCCAGACGACCUGAUGGUCGAGGAUAGAACACAACGCCCACCUCUCCCUCCUCCUCCUCCUCCUCCCCCCACGUACCCUCCCAGACCGAAGGAGGAGGACGUCAUCGCCGACAUUGAGGCAGAGCUGCUGUGGGAGAACCGGCCUCAUCCUCCCCGAGGCGAUGUCCCGAACCGCCGGCACUACCCGGACUACGGAGAGGGGGACCCGCAGGACCAGGCGGCCCCCGGCGACCACAGCCACGACAGGCAGCUGCAAGGGGCGGGCCCCGGGGGCACCGGGGACAAGGUCCCACAUGGAGGACUGAAAAUCCAUCCGGCCGGAGAGAGGACGACUGAGGAGAAGGUCUGGACGUUUCAUAGUCUGACUCCACUCUCGGUGGAGGAGCUGCAGCCGAGUGACGCCGGGGGGAGCUGGUCGCCUCGCAGUCGCCCCCCGCAGGACCUCCGGGUCGCAGAGCCUCCUCAGAUGGAUCCUCCGGAGCCAGGGCGCCAACCGGAGCCCCGCCAGCGCAAGACGGGGAAGGCGAUCAGCAGCUCCUGUGCCGACGGCUGGACUCACUACAGGAGACGCUGCUACAUCGUGGGCUCGUCGGUGGCCAGCUGGGCCAGUGCCCACAGGAGCUGCUCUCUGCUGUUUAACAGCAGCCUGACCAGCGUGCGGUCCAGAAGAGACAUGAGCUGGCUGUGGAAGUUUGCAGGGAGGAAGCCAUUUUGGAUCGGUCCGUCCGGGGGUCCCGGUCGCCGGAUGUGGGCUGACGGUCGGGCCCCGUCCUUCUCCAGGUGGGGGGGGUCUGAGUCCGGAGUCGGCUCGGACUGCGUGCUGGUUGAAAACCCCCGAAGCUGGAUCUCCACAGGCUGCUCCCCCGAAGCGCUACACACAUUUGUCUGUUCAUCACCGGCUCACACUCACUGACAGACAUAAUUACUGCUACGGGGAUAAAAAACCUCGGUUAACGUGUUAAAGUCACCAUUAUUAUACACAAUGACGCUGCUCUGUACAUUAGUUCUUUUUUUGGUCUCAAUAAAGAGCUCUGCACAAACCGAUGUAU